AUGGAAAAGGUCUCCAUUCACGCCUUCUGGUUGUGCCCUCGAGCGCAGGCACUCUGGUCCACGCUGCUACUCAUACGCUACGGCGACCCCACCGCCAGACGAAUUGACUACAUUGGCCCCCUCCAAUCGACCGAACAAUCCCGACCCGCUUCCUGGAUGCUCCAAGCACCCCAGUGGACCGGUACGUCAUUCGACAACAUUGCCACCAAGGGUGGCUUCUCCUUCGAUCCCUUGGACUCCGCGUCCUUGGACGGAGCGAUGCGCCGCACUCCACCCAUGUCCCACUUUCAAGCCUUAGCUACGUACCACGCUCACCGCCGCCAUACGCUCCGUGCGUCCGUGUAUGAGGCCCUUGUCAAGCAAUGCCGACAAGCAAUACCUCGUUUCGUCCUGUUCGACGGCGCGGCUCGUAUGGACACCGAAUGUGGAGGAUCAGGAGCGAUCGCAAUGUCCCUCCACGCACCACUCCUCAGCGAGUAUGACGCCCAUUAUCUCUCCACCGCCACGACAAAUAACAUCGCAGAAUACGACGGCCUCGUACGAGCCCUCACCCUGGCAGCUACAAUGCGCCUCACUCAUGUCCAAGUCAAUGGGGAUAGCAACCUCCUAAUGAACCACAUGCGUGGCCUACAUCGUGUCCGCCACCCCGGGCUCCGCGACUUCUACAUUCAGGCACGAACCCUUGCUGCCCCGGAUGACUGCCGCGACUUCGGUACCCACGCAACCCGACGCCCCCUCUCCCCGAGCGAAAAAGCCACAUUUUACGACUACCUGGACCUGGACCUUCAACACCACCCAGGAUAA